AUUUUUGCUCUACCUCCCAUGCUCUCUCUCUCUCUCUUUCUCUCUUUCUCUCUAUCUCUCUAUCUCUCUAUCUCUUCCUCUUCCUCUUUUUCUUUUUCUCUCUCAAAUACGUUUAAUCUUUAAUCAUUUUUCUUCCUUACUGUAUAUUACCAACCUGCCCUAUUGCGUUGUAGCCCAGCACUAAAUAUGACCAUCGAUAUACUAGACCUUCCUGUAGAGAUCCAAUUUAUCAUCGGCACAUAUCUUGACAUUAGGUCACUCCUAUCGUGCAUCCGUGUAUGUCAACAUUUCCGCAAAACCUAUAUUUCGCAUGUCUGGCGAGAUAUUAUCUUUCGGGGACCCCCUCGAAUUCAACAUCAAUCACUCCAAGAGAAUGCAGCUCUGGUCGAAACCCUUGUGUUACACCGGUAUAUCCCAAAAAAGUUUUGCUUCAUCAAAUUUUGCAGGCUUAAGACUCUACGGCUUGUCGACCUUUCAAAGUGUGUCUCAGAAGCCACUUCAGCAUCCUGUGUUGACCUUCCGGUAGCAGCCGCAGUGCUUGCAAAGCGAAAUCCAUGGAUUCUCCAUCUUGAGUUGUCCUAUGUACAGACAGAAAUCUCUGAAAAAUUCUGGACAAUUGUAGCUACAGAAUGGAGAGACCCUAUCAGCCUAUCAGUACGGUGUCGACAAGCACCUAAAGGUACUGAGGCUGAGGAGGAUGAUAAAUCCAAACAAAACCCUAUCGAGGCGUUCUGGAGUGCAUGUGCUCGGUUCAAAGAGCUAACACUGGAUUUACCUUCUUCGAUGAUGGAGCGUGACAAGACCUCGCUCAAAUUCACCACACUCAAGAAUCUAAAAAAGCUUACACUCGCGAGAGCAGGGCAGCUGAGUGACCUUGACGAGCUCAGAGGCAAUAUAAACACCAGUGAUCACCGCCAACGAAGUGCUAAAGUAGAACUGGCCAUGAUUCAAACCUGUCCAAACCUAGAAUAUCUCUGCUGGGAUAGGAGCGCAACAUCCUUCUUCUCGGGAGCUGGGUUCAUGGAAGCACUACGGAGGCAGGUUUGGGCCAAUCUCUCAUCGCUCUUAUUGCGUCGAAUGGCGAUCAAGGACGAAGCCAUGGCAGAUAUCUUGAGUUUGGUUUCAAAACGGCUGAUAGAACUAGACUUGAGAGAAUCUAGUGGUUUUGGUAGUCUAUCGUUUAAUGUUCUCUCCGAGCGACAUUUUGUAUCAUUAAAAAGACUUUGCAUGUUAGGAUGCAAUCGAUUCACAGGUGAGAUGGCCUUAAGUGCGCUAAAAGCCUGUAGCCACCUGGAAUCCAUGGCAGCAGAUUACAUUUACAUGGAGGAUAUCGCAGAACAUAAGGAUGUAGUAACAGGGAACCCAGAGCCUUGGGCAUGCUAUCAAACCCUAAGGGAACUGCAGGUAUUCGUAGCAAGGCGACAGCACCAGGCAAAACCAUUAGAGCCUGAGCCAAAACGAGUUGAACUAAUAAGUAGGGGUCAAACACUAAAACAACUGAAUAUCCAAGUUUUCCGACAGCUUUCCACUUUGAAUCGGUUGAAGUCUCUGACGCUCUCUAUGGACAUAUUUGAUCUUCAACUCCUCCCCAGCGAAGUCUUCAAGGCGGUUAAUGAGGGAGCCUCGUUAGAUUUGCGCCUCAGCUCUGGGCUUGACUGGCUAGCGAAUCUCGAAUUGCUAGAGCAUUUUGGAUUUGAACGUACAAGACAAGAGCUGGGUCCUAAAGAAUUGCACUGGAUGAAGAUGCAUUGGCGACAGCUGAAAACAGUCAACGGGCAGCUCAGUCAUGACCAAGAACAGCAUAAGUCGCUGGCAUCUAUACUGAAGGCGGCAGGAGUCUCUUGCUCUGAGGCAGAUAACAACAAUAGUUCUUAUAUGAGAUUUAUAGACGAAUCACAUAGAGGGGGUGUUGAAGAUAAUUAUAGCACUGUUAGUGAAAUAGAAUAUUAA